GGAUCCAUCUCUCUAAAGACUAGUCCUCUUUUUAUCUACGUAUGGUAUUGAAGAUAUUUUUGAAAUAUUGAGAAACAUUUCCUUCAGGUUGAUCUGUGUUUGAGACUACUGCUCUAACGAAAUUAGGGUAUCGACGGUCACGUGGUACAGAAGGUGGGUUACGUUGGGGUUCCCUGAUAUCGUCAGUGACUACUUAGGGAAUUUUUUUAGAUCGAUUGAUUGAUUGUUGUUAAUUGGAUGCUCCUAAUGUUUCUUGUUUGGUUUACUUCAGUAAACAACUUCGAGGAAUGUUUACACUGUAAACAAACACAUGCAUCUUUAUAGUGUUUGAUGUAGUUCUGAACAUGGAAGGUCUUUAAAGAUUCCCAUUGACGUGGAUUGCUACCUCCCUCCGACCCAUGCAAGUUUGUCUGGCAUAAGUGUGGUGAAGGAGAAUUCCUUGUUCUACAGUGAAUGCUAUAUCGUAUUUAUCAAAAAAAAACACCAUAAAACUGCCGAAAAUCAUUCCUGAUCUUUGAUUUCCACAAAUAUCUAAACUUUUCUCAACUUAUUAUCAGACAUAAUUAAGAGAUAAGUCGCUGUGUUGCUCAUUUUUUGUGUUGUCACGUCAUCAAAAUAUCAUCAUGAGGAGAAGCACGUUCAACGUCAUUGGAAUAUCAUGCACGUCACUGAACGUGUUGUUGACAAUGUUAGCAUUCGCGCCGCCAUAUUGGCUCAUCAGUGCAUAUGGUCGAAUGACUAGGCUUGGACUUUGGGCCAGUUGUAACGACGUUUUUAAUCAAGGAGAAUGUAUCUGGUCAAUGGACAGUCGGUUUGGAUACCAGGACUCUCUACCACAAUGGUUCAAGGCCACUCAGGGUCUGAUGUCUGUGGGACUCGGACUGGCUCUCUUGGCCCUCAUUGUGGCCACACUUGCGCUGUGCUGUCAAUGUCAUGGAUGUAACUAUGCCAGCGCUGUGGCAGGACUGCUACUUAUGUGCUUCCUGUGUAUCGGAGUGGCGGUGGCGUUGUUUGGAAUCAAAGCGAGCCAAGAUUUCAAUGCAGUAGUGACCUCGGAGAAUUUCGCUUUAGGGCAAGAAUACAAGUAUGCCUGGUCUUUCUGGUUAGCAGUGGGAGCAGCUGGGAUGGCACUCAUCACCUCCAUAGUGUAUGGAUGUGCUGGUCUAAACACAAAGUACUGAAUAUCAGAAUCUGCGAGAAAGCCGUACUUACCCGGAAAACUUCGGCCAAUUCGUCACAAGCAGAAUGUUUCCACUUACAGAAAUGUCUGACAGUUUUCUUUAAUAUUGGGUCAUACAAAUAACAAUAUGCUCUGUGGUCUGUCGUUAAAACAAAACAAAAAUUUAGAAAUCUAUCUUUUUAAAAUUUGUGUCAAUUUUUUUGUUUGUUAAAAUUGAACGAAAACAUAACAUAACUAUUGUUAUUAUUCAGUGCCUAUGACAAGGAUUUGUAAUUUUCUGAAAAUUAAAACAGAAACAUUCACGCUUUGUAUUCCUUAAAUAUGAACUAGACACUGAGCCGAGAUAAAAGCGGAUAUCAAAACACAAAAAAUCUCCAUAGCGACCAAACCUUCAUUGUUAUAUAUGUGUUUUAUGAAACUUUAACCUGAUCACGAAACUAUUGCUGUUUAUAUUUAGGAUGCUGUUAUAACUGCACACUGUUGGAAAAUUGAUUUAAAGAUUUCACGAGAAAAUUAUGCAUUUAUGGUCUUUAGUUUCAGAAAUGUGCCUUGUACAUUGAAUCUUGGCCUUGCUGUAUAGUUUAUUUAAUAUUUCAAAGAAAGCAAACGAAGUUUUGUCUUUCUUUCAUUUUUAUAUUAAUUUAUUUCAUAAUCAUCUGUCUCUUGUAGAAAUGUUCUUGCAUUUCUUUAAACAAAUACUGUUUUACAUAAACUCACGGUUGCACUUUUUUGUUAAUAUUAUCUUUUCGUAAUCUGCUCUUUGUAUUUCUGUUUAUGUAACUUUGUAGAGAACGUUAAAAUACUCACUGUAAAAUAUAGAUGUAGGUACACGAACCAUUAAGUCUAAAUACUCAAUAUUUGAUAUACAUGAAUUAGUAUACAAGUUUGUGUUUUUCAUCGUCAGUAUGUGAGAAGGGCGAUAACUCUGCUUGUGAAUGUCGAUUUACGAUCUAGAUAAAGGACCAUUUAAGCAGUGUAGAAGAGCUAUGUAGUGGCCGGUGUCCAUGUUUUAUAAAGUUAUUCAACUGCAUUUUUUGUAUUAAUUGAUUUGUAUAUUUCUACUUCAAGUAACUAUUAAUUUUUUUCAUUACAUAUAAAAACUUAAACUGUUUCGCUGUUAAAAAAAAUUAUUAACUCAUCGAGUUUCCUCUGUAUACAAAUUAUUUUGUGAUUCGUUUUCUUUAUUUUGUAUAUGAUAUUACGUUGUGAUUGUGGAAUGAAUGAAGUCUAUAAAUCUUUGGGCUGCCCCACACCGAAGAAUGUAUUCGUUAUAAUCGGUUAAUAUCUAUAGAAUAUCGCAUAUAAAUACACCAUUAAAUCUUUCUGUAAACCAUUAAUUGUUACACACCAUUAAAUCUUUCUGUAAACCAUUAACUGUUACACACCAUUAAAUCUUUCUGUAAACCGUUAACUGUUACACACCAUUAAAUCUUUCUGUAAACCAUUAACUGUUACACACCAUUAAAUCUUUCUGUAAACCAUUAACUGUUACACACCAUUAAAUCUUUCUGUAAACCGUUAACUGUUACACACCAUUAAAUCUGUCUGUAAACCGUUAACUGUUACACACCAUUAAAUCUUUCUGUAAACCAUUAACUGUUACACACCAUUAAAUCUUUCUGUAAACCAUUAACUGUUACACACCAUUAAAUCUUUUUUAAACCAUUAACUGUUACACACCAAUGGAUAUUUAUGAAAACUAUGAACUGUUACACACCAUUAAAUCUUUCUGUAAACAAUUAACUUUUACACACCAUUAAUCUUUCUGUAAACCAUUAACUGUUACACAUCAUCAAAUAUUUCUAUAAACCGUUAACUGUUACACAUCAACGAAUAUUCCUGUAAACCAUUAACUGUUACAAACCAUUAAUCUUUCUGUAAACCAUUAACUGUUACACACCAUCAAAUAUUUCUAUAAACCGUUAACUGUUACACAUCAAUGGAUGGUUCUGUAAACCAUUUACUGUUUCACACUAAUGAAUGUGAGAAAAUUUUAAAACAAAUCCCUAAAUAGAUAUGCAUUAAUAUACUGUGCUAACGAGAUCCUUUGACAACCUAAUCGUUAAAUUAUGGGAUGUACUGUAAAAUCCUAUAUUUCAAUUAAUUAUUUUAAUUUUGAAUUAAAAAAUGACAUUUUAUUAAGUAACAUUUUUUGGUGUAAGAAAUAAGAAAUGGUGUUUCGUUAACACAUUAUUUCAUGUAUAGAUAAUUCUCACGAAAUCCACUAGUACUUAGAUUAAUAUCAUUUUAAUUGUUAUUAAUGAUACCCUACAAAAUACAAAACUCAUGAUGUAGUUGAAUAAUUGUGUGGAAAUGCAUAUUUUAUGUAUAGAUGACCUUAAAUGAUGAGAAACUAUUUCAGUUUAACAAAAGCCAUAAGAAAUAACAGAUAUAUCAUGUUAACCAGCAUAACAUGUAUGUUUAUUAGAUAUCAUAGGUCAGCAUAAAAAUAGAAUGACCAUAUCAUUGAUGUUUUUUUUUUUCAAAAUACAAACGUAAAACAAAUCCCAUCAUUUUCAUCAUUGCUGAGCCUCCAAAAGCAAUUGGUCGUUGAAUACAUACUCCUUUUUCUUUUCUAUUUAUUUUUAAGUGACCUAGAUAUAACAUUUUCUUAAACUAGGUCAUCAAAUAUUAUUAUUCAAUAAUGUGCUUUAUACCAUGACAGUAUUAUUUGUUGAUGUACCGUAAAUUGGGAUUUUAGCGUCGUUGUAAUUUUUGAAAGUUUAACAAGAAUCAACAAAUGUAAAACUCAUUUUUUGCUUUAUCAAGAAAAAAAAAAAAAAAAAACUUCGUUAAAAAACGAAAAUUGCAAAAGGACCAACCUAAUAUCAGCAAAAAUAAUCUGACGCAUAAAAUUCCUGAUAAACGGUAAAACAUGUAGAUAGGUGUUAGGUUAAUGAGUAUUAAAUUGUUUCAUUAUAAAUAUUACCAUUUUAUAUGCAGUUGUAUAUAUUACAGUAUAAUUAAAACGAUAUAUAUGUA